UGUGCGUGCGCAGAUGAUUGCUGCUGUUUUACCUUGCUGCAAUAGCCAUGGAUAGGGGGGAUACUUGGCUGUGAGAAGAAUCUUAAUAGACCGUUUUUCAAAAGCUUGGACUUCACUUUCCUUAUCUUUUAAAAAAUUCUAAAUCACUCUGCUCAAUAAAAAAUUGCCACGGACCUGUAAAAAUUUUUUUACAAAGAAAAUACCUGCAUAAAACGGACUUUUACAACAGACGCAGCAUACUGUAACUGCUGAGUAUAAAAUAAUGGGGAGCAGGGGGCACUACCGGUACCACUGGCUGAGCCACAAUGUCAAACAGAGUGGGGUGGACGACAUGGUCCUCCUGGCGAAGAUCAACGAGGACGCCAUCGUGGAGAAUCUCAAGAAGAGAUACAUGGACGACUACAUCUUUACGUACAUCGGUCCUGUGCUCAUUUCCGUCAACCCCUUUAAGCAGAUGCCCUACUUCGGGGACAAGGAGGUGGAGCUGUACCAGGGAGCGGCCCAGUACGAGAACCCGCCCCAUAUCUACGCCCUGGCUGACAACAUGUACAGAAACAUGAUGAUCGACCGCGAGAACCAAUGCGUGAUCAUCAGUGGUGAAAGUGGAGCUGGGAAGACCGUGGCAGCAAAAUACAUCAUGGGCUACAUCUCCAGAGUGUCCGGUGGAGGACCCAAGGUCCAGCAUGUCAAAGACAUCAUCCUUCAAUCCAAUCCCCUGCUGGAGGCGUUUGGGAAUGCCAAGACCUUGAGGAACAACAACUCCAGCAGAUUCGGGAAGUACUUCGAGAUCCAGUUCAGCUCUGGAGGGGAGCCAGACGGGGGGAAAAUCUCCAACUUCCUGCUGGAAAAGUCGCGGGUCGUCAUGAGAAAUCCUGGAGAGAGGAGCUUCCACAUAUUCUAUCAGUUGAUAGAAGGAGCCAGCGCAGACCAGAGGAGCACUCUGGGAAUCACCAAUCUGGAUUACUACAGCUACCUCAACCAGUCCGAGUCCUACAAAGUGGACGAUAUUAACGACAAGAGUGACUUCCAGGAGACCAUGCACGCCAUGGAUGUGAUCGGGAUCACGGCGGAGGACCGCGCCCUGGUGCUGCAGAUCGUGGCCGGGCUGCUGCACCUGGGAAACAUCAGCUUCAAGGAGGCGGGGAACUACGCGGCGGUGGAGAGCGAGGAGUUCCUGGCGUUCCCAGCCUUCCUGCUCGGGAUCGAUCAGUCCGGCCUGAAGGGGAAGCUCACCAGCCGGAAGAUGGACAGCAAAUGGGGGGGCAAGUCUGAGUCUAUCGACGUGACGCUGAACGUGGAGCAGGCCUGCUACACCCGCGACGCCCUCGCCAAGGCCCUGCACGCCCGCGUUUUCGACUUCCUGGUGGAGUCUAUCAACAAAGCCAUUGUGAAGGAUCGUCAGGAAUGGAAUAUAGGAGUGCUGGAUAUUUACGGUUUUGAAAUUUUCCAAAAAAAUGGCUUUGAACAGUUCUGCAUCAACUUUGUGAAUGAAAAACUCCAGCAGAUUUUCAUCGAGCUGACCCUGAAAGCUGAGCAGGAAGAGUAUGUGCAGGAAGGCAUUCGAUGGACCCCCAUUGAGUACUUCAACAACAAGAUUGUGUGUGACCUGAUUGAGACCAAGAAUCCCCCUGGGAUCAUGUGCAUCCUAGACGACGUGUGCGCCACCAUGCACGCAGUGGGCGAGGGAGCGGACCAGACCAUGCUGCAGAAGCUGAGAGUCCAGAUCAACUCCCACGAGCACUUUAACAGCUGGAACCAGGGCUUCAUCAUCCACCACUACGCUGGAAAGGUAUCGUACGACUCUGAGGGCUUCUGUGAGAGGAACCGGGAUGUUCUGUUCACUGACCUCAUCGAGCUGAUGCAGAGCAGUGACAUACCCUUCAUCCGAGCUUUGUUCUCAGAGAACCUCAACGCAGACAAGAAGGGAAGGCCCACCACAGCAGGCAGCAAAAUCAAGAAACAAGCCAACGACCUUGUGGGGACCUUGAUGAAGUGCACCCCCCACUAUAUCCGCUGCAUAAAGCCGAACGAGACCAAGAAGCCCAAGGACUGGGAGGAGGGCCGAGUGAAGCAUCAGGUGGAGUAUCUGGGUCUGAAGGAGAACAUCCGUGUGCGGCGUGCCGGCUACGCCUACAGGAGAAUGUUCAAGAAGUUCCUCAACAGGUACGCCAUCUUGACGAAGGAGACGUGGCCAGCAUGGCGUGGGGAUGAGAAACAGGGCGUUCUUCACCUCCUGCGGACCGUCAACAUGGAGCAGGAUCAGUUCCAGCUGGGACGCUCCAAAGUCUUCAUCAAGGCCCCCGAAUCUCUCUUCCUCCUGGAGGAGAUGAGGGAGCGCAAGUUUGACGGCUACGCCAGGGCCAUCCAGAGGGUAUGGCGCAAGUAUGCAGCCCGAAAGAAGUACGUCCAGAUGAGGGAGCAAGCCUCUGAUCUGGUGCUGAACAGGAAGGAGCGGCGGAGGCACAGCCUGAACCGGAACUUUGUGGGAGAUUACCUGGGCAUGGACGACCGGCCCGAGCUGCGCAAGUUCCUCCCCAAGAGGGAGAAGAUCGACUUCGCCGACAAAGUCACCAAAUACGACCGCCGGUUCAAGGGCAUUAAAAGGGACCUCAUUCUGACGCCCAAGUGCGUGUACCUGAUUGGACGGGAGAAGGUGAAGCAGGGCCCGGAGCGAGGUCAGGUGACGGAGGUUCUGAAGAGAAAGAUCGAGGUGGAGAAGAUUCUGGGCCUGUCACUCAGCACCAUGCAGGAUGACUUCCUGGUCCUCCACGAACAGGAGUACGACAGUCUGCUUGAAUGCGUCUUCAAGACGGAGUUCAUCAGCCUGCUGGCCCGUCGGUUCGAGGAGAAGACCCAGAGGAAACUGCCUCUGAAGUUCAGCACCACACUGGAAGUGAAGCUGAAGAAGGAGAGUUGGGGCCCCUGGAGUGCUGCCGGCACCAGGCAGGUGACCUUCCUCCAGGGCCAGGGUGACCAGGCCACUUUACAGCCCUCCAAUAAGACGCUGCAGGUCAGCAUUGGGCCGGGCCUGCCCAAGAACACACGUCCCUCUAAAAGGAACUUUGCACUGAGAAACUCCAGCACCUCCAGAACCCACCAGAACUACCCCAUGCGGGCUGCCCCUGGACCGCCAGUUGGCCAUCAGAAUGGGGGAACAAAGCAUACCAAUAAUGCUGCCAACUACAGGAACGCCUCCUCUCACCAGCAGACCAAUCACAGGCCUGCGUCAGGCAGCAUGACCCGGCCCUUCCAGCUGCCAGCCGUUAACAUCAGCCAGUUUAAGGGAAGAAACUCCAAAGCACAGCCCAACCUGGACUGCCUCAGGGUCCCUGACCAGGGCGCGGCCGGAGCCCGCAGACAGACGGUCAGCAGGCCUGCCCCAGGAGGAGGCCGGCCUAAGCCUGCUCCAAAGCCCAAACCGCAGAUGCCCCAGUGCAAGGCCCUGUACGCCUAUGACGCCCAGGACACAGACGAGCUUAGCUUCAACGCAGACGACGUCAUCGACAUCGUCAAAGAAGACGCCUCAGGAUGGUGGACAGGGAGACUGCGUGGGAAGCAGGGCCUGUUCCCCAACAACUACGUCACCAAGAUCUAGAGCCGCAGCCAGCCCACCCGGACACGCCCGGACACACCCGGAGACGCCUGGGUACCAUGGAGACACUGAGAGCUGCCAUCAGAAGGACACACACAGAGAGAGAAGCAGAGUUCUCUCCUACAGUACCGCCUGCUGUCCUGCUCUGCUGUAGGGGAAAGGCCUGGCUUUAGUAUGGGACCAACGAGGGGACCUGAAUGCGUGGAGAAUCUCCUCCAGAGCUAGACCAGCUUCACACAUCCCUCUGAGCACUGAACAAAACUAUUUAUUAUAAUUAUACUGUAGCUUCCUUUUUAUUUUGUUUAAUCAUACGCAUUUUCUUCUUAUCCUGAAAAAUGAAUAGGAGGAUUUUACCUUCAGAGGUGACGUGCACAUGCUUUCCUUUUUCAACUUUCGUUUUGGAAAUGAUAAACCUCUAAGUUCAGAUGAAAGGUGGCUGCCUUCUUAAGCAGAGAAUUUCUGUUUUUGGGCUAAAAUGGCAAUAUAUUUGUGUUCUUUAAACAGUAGCUGCUGAAAUUCAUUAAUGUACAAAAAGGUAGCAUCAGCACAAAUAUGUUAUUUCAGUCAAAGUGCUGAUUUGUUCUUUAACAUGCGCAAUUCUACACUGGCAGUGACUUGCAGGACAUCACUUAAAAUAUGAGGCUAAUUUUGCUUCACAUUCAUGUUGAAUGUCUUUACUUUGACUGCUGGGAAAAUUCAGGAAUACCUUUCAUGGCUACUAUAAAUGCCAAACAUAUCGGGGUCAUAUCUGUAGUUUAAGGCACCUGUACUAAAGUCUUGCAUGACAAAUGAAUAUGAUGAUGAAGGGAUUGGUGGGAGUAGGGGGCAUGUUUAAUAUGCACUUUAUCAGCAGGACUUUAAAUGGGUUCCUCUAAGGACCUGUUGACCCAAAAUACUGGCAAAGGGUGAAUCUGCCAAAUUUGGUGAAGUGCUAGUCACUGAAAUGUUUACGUGAAAAUAAUAUUUUCACGUUAUAGGUAUUAUAAAUGAAUGGUAUAUUUCUCUUGCCACCUAACAGAAAAAUAUUCCAUGUUGUCAUGAUUUAUACUGAAAGGAAUUAGGUAAUGUAUUCAUGAUUUAUAUUCAUAUAGGUCUGUGGUUUGUGUGUGGUUAGCCUCUGUUCAGGAUUACCCUGCUGCCUCUGUUCAGCUGAUUUCAUUGCUGCUCAGAUAAAAGAAGUCUGGGAAAUGUAGUGCAUCUAGCUGGAAUCUAUGCAGGGAAAAUAUUGUUUAAAGUCAGCAACGAAGAAGACCAGAGCACUUUGAACAUGAUUUCUGGGCUGUUUUAAGUCACAUCAAGUGAAGCUGUGGGCUUGGGAAAUAGAAAGUAAUCUUAGAUAUUGUUCAGGGGGUAAAAACAAUGUCCCUUUUUUCUGACACUUUGCAUUUUGUAGCAUAAUUUGAUCUUGAUCAUUUUCUAUUGCUCAGCCCCCUCCCAUUCCUGCAGCUGCAGCAGAGAGAGAGAGAGAGAGAGAGAGAGAGAGAGAGAGAGAGAGAGAGAGAGAGAGUCCAUCCUUUGAUUUAUUAUCAGAGCACAAGCGGCCAUCGGUGGCCCAGCUGCUGCUGGGAUUCUGCCUAAUCAUGCUCUCCAGUGUUAGUUUCAAAGAUUUCACACUCGUCUUCCAUUCCCACAGCAGAACUCCAAUGGACAGAUGCAGAGAGGACAAAAAGCUGUUCACAUCACCAGGACCGGAUCCCUGGAAUUAAUUUUUAAACUGCUGGAAAAUUUCCUACUGUGGGUUCCUUAUUACGCAUUGCUCCAACUCAAACAUUUCCCUAACUAGGAUAACUUAAGUAAUUGGAACAAGGUACAGUAAUGACUAGUACUUCAGUAAUGUACGUUUCACUAAUUCAGUAUAUUCAUUCGUUAAAUAAGAGGCUGUGGAUCGAAAUGAAGCAACCUCAACACAGGCUUCGUUUGAACUGGAAUUUAGUUCAGCGCCAGCGGUCAUGCUUAACUUUAAUAAAUACAUUUCAAUGUAUGUAGGUCUUGAAACACGGUUAAAGUAUGAAUCAUUUCUAUGUGCAUUAUUUGUUUUAAGGAAGGCCCAUAAAAAAUAUCUGCUAGCAAUGCAGCUGUAUGGCCCAGUCAGACUACUAGACUGGCACACGUCUAAAAUGGAAAGGAAUGACCAGGGAGUCACCAGAUCCUUGCACACAUCAGAUAUACCAUUGCUAUUAAUACCUAAGGCAAAAUAAAACCCACUGAAGUACUGUUAGUGUAUAGUAGAUUAUUAUUAUUAUUAUUAUUAUUAGAGAUCAAAUGUGCCUUUAGUCAAUAUGGCUGGUCCAUAUUCAGAAUAAAAAUGACUCCUUGUAAUUAUUCCUUGUAUAUGUAACCUGUAUAUACUGUACGAAUGCUUUCAAAAUAUACACAAAUGAAAGAAUUUACUUGCAGUUUCAGAUUUGUAAAAUUGGACUGGUACUGUGGCACUCCAGUUGGUGCGGUGCCUUUGAAAUAAAGUUGAAGUAAAAUCUUA